AGCUCGUUUCGUUACGUUUCGUUAUUACUAACAUUCUUUUUUUUUGGAUUUCAUCACAUUUGUCAACACUGAUCAUGGCCGGUUUUUACAAGAAGUAUCUCACGCUGCUCCAAUCCUGGCCUUUGGAUAAAUCGAAAGUAGGCAAGGAUUUGGGCCAGCACAUCAGGGAUCAGGUGAAGCUGGCAUUUUCCAAAGGCGAUUUGAACAACGUGGACGAGAAGCGCUGCGAUUCUUACUAUAAUAGUCUGGAAAGGAUUGCUAGCAAUCGUUACGGAAAAUUGUACAAGCGCUCAUUCAACAGUACGGCGAGUGGCUUAACCCAGGAACAGUGCAACGCGGUACUGUCGCCGGAGUUUCUUGAGUUUUGGCAGGAAGAGGAAAGGGGUCUUCUGUCUAGAACGGCAAGGUUGUUCCGAAGAAAAAAGCAUGUCUCUACGGACGAUUAG